UUUUUGACAUUUUGCUUUGCCUUUAUAAUUUGGCAGCUGUCAAAAAAUAAAAACUGGGUUGGUUGAUUCGUCAGCGACAAAAUAAAAUUCGUGUUUUUAAUAAAUUAUUUCAAUAAAAAAUGUCGCAAGAAGUAGAAGAAACAUUAAAGCGCCUUCAAUCACAUAAGGGUGUUGUCGGAACAAUUGUUGUGAAUAACGAAGGAAUCCCUGUAAAGAGUACUCUGGAUAACACAACAACCGUUCAAUAUGCUGGUUUAAUGAGUCAACUUGCAGACAAAGCACGUAGCGUUGUUCGCGAUUUGGAUCCCUCAAAUGAUCUAACAUUCCUGCGUGUCCGUUCCAAGAAGCACGAAAUAAUGGUUGCACCCGAUAAGGACUUUAUAUUGAUUGUCAUUCAAAAUCCAACUGAUUAAACAAAAAAACAUGUUCAAUUUAUAUUAGGUUUGAUUCUUGGUUUGGUAAUUCAUUGAUUUCAAGUUUUGUUAUAUUCUCGACUCCACAAGAGCUCCAUUAGCUCAUGCCAAGUCGAAGAAAAUAGCUAAAAUCUGCCUGAAUGUGCUCUUUUUUCUCUUUUUUUUUUUACUUAAAUUGCAUUGAUGUUUUGAAAACAAAAUUAUAAUCGUUGCAUCUAAUUUUAUUUAUAACAAAAAAAUACUGUAGAAUUUCAUAUAUAUAUUAAAUAAAAUAAACAAAAAAAAAUUUAUUACGAUUCCACAGAGUGAAAUUGUUAAGAAAAAUUCAAA